AUGUCUAUAGAUCUUGAUCUUGAUCAUUUUAAUGAUAAUAAUAUGAGCCUAGAUGAUGUAGAUAUGACUUCAACUAUAUCAAAUAACGGGCAAAAUCAAGCAGAAAAACGAGCACAUCAUAAUGCUCUUGAACGAAAAAGACGUGAUCAUAUUAAAGGUAGUUUUAAUGAUUUACGAGAUGUUAUACCUAUAAUAAAAGGUGAAAAGGCUUCACGUGCUCAUGUUCUUAAAUCAGCGACUGAUUAUAUUCAUACAUUAAAAUCGAAAAAUAAUCAACAUCAAAAAAUUAUCGAAGAUCUUAAACGACAAAAUGCUAUACUUGAAUUUCAAACUCGUCUUCUUGAUCGAGUAAAAGAAACAAGUUUAUAUACACAAAAUCAUGAAUCAAUCAUAAAAACAGAAUCCGAUAUUCAAACAACUCGUAAUUUAUUAAAUUAA